ACGUCUUGGGACAAGUCACACUCAAUGGCAAGUGCUGCUCUCUCCCCUGGUUAUUGCGUUUCAGCACUAUAGCGGCGACUUCGGCGAUCUUACUGCUCAUCUGGUGCGUUUUUUCAUAUAUUGAACAAUUAGCCCAGAAGAAUAUUGACUAUUGCUCACAUGAACUGAAGAAAAAAUGAAGCACGCAACAACCUGGAUUAUCUAUCUUUGGAUGACAGCUGUGAUUCACUUAAUCAAAGGGAGGCUUGUUAAUGAUCAACCAGAUGCUAUAUGCCCGCCCAUUCAGUCAGACGGACUGCACCCCAGACAGAUGCACAAGCGACAUGCUGAUGCUUUAGGGUUCGAUCUGGUGCAGAGAUUUUCAUUGACACGCUCAUCGGAAAGAAGCAAAAACACACAAGGUUUACAACUUAUCAGAAUGGGAAGGAAAUUGCCAAUCAGACAAACACAGCAGAUCUUUCCAAAUGGGUUACCAGAAGACUUUUCAUUUAUUGCCAUGUUCCGCCUGAAGAGAGGCAGCAGAAAGGAGAUCUGGCACUUGUUGAAGAUUGCUGAUCGGUCGGGUGAUGUGCAGGUCUCUAUCGUUGUUGAUGGAAGUCGGAAGGCAGUGGAGUACAGCGCUAAAACCCUCUCUGGAAAUGUCAUGCACGUCACGUUCAGGAAGCGAGAACUGUUCCCUCUGUUUGAUAGGCAGUGGCACAAGCUGGCAAUUAACGUGAAAUCUGGGUUGGUGUCACUUUACAAGGACUGUGAAUUGGUCGACAGCAAACGAAGUGAAGAGCUGGAGAACAUUGAUGUUCAGGGGAAGACUGCAAUUGGUCUGCGUGUCAGUGAUGAGAUUCCCAUUGAUUUUGACCUUCAAGGGAUAAUGAUUUACUGCAACCCUCAGUUGGCAGAACUGGAGAACUGCUGUGAAAUUCCGGGUGCCCUGUGCUCAGCGGAGGCUGGUUUCUAUACAGCCAGACUGGCAUCAGAGAACUUCAUGAGGCAGAAAUCCAUUCAAUCAAGCCCAAGAAGUGAGAGUCCGAAGGGAGCAGCUUGGAGUGUUCCCCAGAAAGGAGAUAAAGGUGACUCCGGUCCAGGAGGGGAAAAGGGUGAGAAAGGAGAUCUUGGAGAUGCUGGGCCACAAGGUUUAUCUGGAAGAGAUGGUUUAAAGGGUGACCCUGGUGACACUGGUCCAGCUGGUGCAAAAGGUGAAAAGGGUGACGUGGGGCCUCCUGGUCUUCCUGGAUUAUACAUUAAGGGAGCAAAGGGAGAAACAGGGACGCACGGGGCUAAAGGCUUUCCAGGAAUGCAUGGAGAAAUGGGUCCUGCAGGACCACAGGGGCUACCAGGACUACCAGGAUUAGAACGCCAAGUGGGAAAACGAGGUAGACGUGGCCUCUCUGGGAAACCAGGCCCCCCUGGACCGCCUGGUCCCAUUGGACCUCCUGGAAUUCAAGGGUCUUCUAGCAAACUUGGAACUCAGGGUUUGCUUGGAGAAACAGGUCUCAAUGGAAAGUCUGGAAUGCCAGGGUCUCCGGGACUACCUGGAAAAGAUGGCAUUCCGGGUAAACCAGGAUUAAAGGGCGAUCCUGGAGUUUCAGGAAAAGAUGGGCUGCCGGGAAGUCCUGGUGAAAAGGGAGAUCCGGGAGAAAAAGGAGAAGCUGGGCCCCAGGGAGAAACGGGUUCCAGAGGAGAUCCUGGGCCCUCAGGAAAGAAUGCGGCAAAAGGAAUAAAAGGAGACCAUGGACAAGAAGGGCCAAGCGGUGAGAAAGGAUCAAAGGGUGACAUUGGAUUAAUGGGACCCCCUGGCCCACCGAGAUUGGGAGUGGCUUCAGGAUAUGCCCUGCAAAAAUUUGGAAUUCCUGGGUCAAAAGGAGACAAAGGAAUGCACGGAAACCCUGGAUUAAAGGGAGAAAUGGGAGAAAUUGGGCUACCUGGACUUAAUGGAGAACCAGGAUUGGAGGGUCGACCAGGAUUACCAGGUCUGAUAGGCCCCAAAGGAUUAAAAGGAGAAAUCGGAUUGACAGGAGAACCGGGCGAACAGGGCAGAAAGGGUGACAAGGGAGAUUCUGGGGGUGCGCUUGGACUUUCUGGAGAAAAAGGAGACAAAGGUGACCCAGGACUUCCAGGGACAGGGUUACGUGGAAAGCAGGGGCAAAUUGGAUCGCCUGGCACAAGAGGAUCACGAGGACCCAAGGGUGAGCGUGGAUUGCUUGGUCUUCAAGGUCCACAAGGUGAGAAAGGACCACCUGAAAAUGGACGCCCUGGCUCUCCAGGUCCAAAUGGUCCUCCUGGCGAGCCAGGUUUAAAGGGUCCGAGAGGUUUGCCAGGAUCUUUUGGACAUCCAGGAGCAAUCGGCAUUCCUGGUAGCAAUGGGAUACCAGGCCCACCUGGUCCACCCGGGGAGCCAUCUGCGCUGCCUCUCAUGGGAGAUAUUGGUGCCUUACUAAAGAAUGCAUGCAGCAGCUGUCUGGCUGGUGGCCAUUCGAGACUACCUGGAAUGAAAGGCGACCGAGGUGUGCCGGGGAUACCUGGGACUGACGGUCUCGAUGGCAGUCAGGGCGAUCCAGGACCAAGAGGCCCGUCUGGAAUUCAGGGAUUGGAUGGGCUGAAGGGAAACAAAGGUGAGCGAGGAUUCCCUGGGCCAAUCGGAGAGAAAGGAGAUGAGGCACCGCCAGGUUUACCGGGCUUCCCUGGACCCAAAGGAGCUGAGGGACCUAUGGGUUCAAAAGGAAAACCAGGACAUACGGGGCCAUUUGGACCCAAGGGAGAAAAGGGCAGCAAAGGGGCAGCAGGAAUCACAGGGCCACCUGGACCACCUGGAAUUCUGAGCACAGCUACCUAUGAAGGAAAUGGAAUGAGCAGUAUAUAUAAGAAACAGGAUGUUCCAGGAUUACCAGGUCCUCCGGGUCCACCUGGGUUAAAAGGAGAUCCCGGAUCAAAGGGAGAGAUGGGUUUGCCAGGCCUGGAAGGAUCACCAGGAGAAAAGGGUGAUACAGGAAUGCCUGGGCCACCUGGUCUCCAAGGACCGAUUGGUUCACAGGGAAAACCUGGUUCUCCAGGUCCACCAGGACCACAUGGUUUAACAGGCGAUCCCGGAGUUAAAGGCGAGAGAGGACCAUUGGGAGAAACUGGCUUUCUUGGACCGAAAGGACCGCCUGGAGCCCUCGGCAAAACUGGACAACAAGGAUUCCCAGGUGCACAGGGUUUGCCAGGGAACUCGGGAGACCGUGGACCCAAGGGUGAGCGAGGAGAUCCAGGAAUUCUGGGUGACCGAGGGCCUCAGGGUGAAAGAGGAAGGAUGGGUAACACAGGGGCACCGGGAGAGAAAGGAAUAAUGGGGCCUUCGGGCCCCGUUGGGCCACGAGGACGAACAGGUGCUCCAGGACCUCCAGGUCAUCGUGGCUUCUCUGGCGAUUCAGACAUCAAAAUUCCAUUUGAAGAAAUAUCAAAAUUUAUAAGACAAGAGAUUCACAGAAUUUUUGAAGAAAAAUUUGCGCACUACGAACUGAAGUUCCCUGCUGCAAUGUUGGCUGCUCAAGUCAAAUCAGGCCUUCAAGGGCCACCAGGAAAUGAUGGACUACUAGGACCUCAAGGAGAGACUGGACCAGAUGGACCUAGAGGUUACAGAGGUCAGAAAGGUGAAAGAGGCGAACCUGGUAUCGAACUUCCUGGUGAGAGCGGUCCGCGUGGCCCCCCAGGUCUGCCAGGAUUGGGAACCCAAGGUCCUCCAGGAACCCCAGGCCCACGGGGCAUCACAGGCCCUGCAGGAAGUGAGGGAAGAUGUGAUCCUGCAGAUUGCUUCUUUCCUGCAAGCUUUCCACAAUCAUCCACACACCGAUAAAGUCCAUCCUUAACCAGAAACAGUUUCAAGGGUGGCAGUCUUUGAACUGUUGGUUAACGCACUUUACAGUUUAACAAAGGAAUCCAGUUUCUACCUUUGCAAGUUGCAAAGAUGUAUGGGUUGUCACCUGAAUGCUGUUUGUGCCAAUGCA